UAACUUUUAUUUUGAAAUGAUAGACGACACCAGGAAAUUGAAGAAAUGACUGAACCCACUACAACACUUCCUUGAACCACAUUGGAUAGCUGACUGGUUUCGACAGUUUGCAUCUGUUAACUUUGGUGAAGUUACAGUACAAGAUUAUAUUUGUAAAUUAAAACUAGUCAGACAAUGGCUAUUGACUGGAUAGGUUUCUGCUAUGCAGCCUUUGUAUCAUCUGGUGGAAUAAUAGGUUAUGUUAAAGCAGGGAGUGUCGCUUCCCUAGUGGCAGGCCUUGUUUUUGGAGUUUUGGCUGGCAUUGGUGCAUACCUCAUCUCGCAAGAUUCCAAAAAUGUGUGGGUUUUACUAGGUACCUCUGGAUCACUGUCAGUUGUAAUGGGGAUGAGAUUUCUAAACUCCUGGAAGUUCAUGCCAGCUGGUUUGAUGGCAGGGACAAGUGUACUGAUGGUGGGGAAGAUUGCUAUGGGAAUUGUCAAGGGACCACAUCAAUCAUGAUCUUGGGCAGAUCCUUUUGACAAGUUAUUUGUGGAUGGGUCAGUAUGUCAAGCAUUUGACACAGUCCUGUGUAUGAUGCAGAUUUUCUUGUGGAAUGGGAUGUCCCUUCAGUAUCUUCCAGAAAUAAAAGUGGAUAACUUAUUCAUUGGCUUUCUUAGUAAAAUGUUUAUUUGGGUCUGAA